AGAGACCACAACGCGCUGGAUUUAAUCUUACACGAAGAGGCGCAGGAAAUGAUUUCCAAAUUUCGGGAAGGCGUGUGGUGGGCCGUUCCAUCCGAGCGGUAUCUGCUAUGGCAGAGGAUUUACAAGUUGUUUGUGAAGCGGAACGAGAGUGUCGUCGGAGGUGGUGGAGGAGGAGGACAUCACGACGGAGUUCACUACAGAAGUACUAGAGACCUCCCAGCGGGGACCACCGCCAGCACAACUUCUGCGAAGCAGGUCUUUGUAGACAGCGGGAAUUAUUUCGUUGACCUCGCCACGGAGUUCGAGGACGAGCUCACGCUGGGCGAGCAGGCACUGUUGAUCCGGUAUGCACUGGAGUUUUUCGCUGGUUUCGGGCAGCAGGAGAAAAUAAGUGCAAAAACAAAUGCCAGCACUAGUAGUACUAAGUCAUCAUCUGCACCAAGCGACUUUUCUACAAAUCCGCGGUUUAUUUCCACCCUGCAAGCCUGCUUGCUUGUCGUGCUGCAUCAAGAAAGCAAUCAGCGAUAUUUAGCUGGCCACAAGGGACCGUCGAAGCAGAACUACUACACUAGCAACCCCGGCGACGACAAAAAGCUCUUGCGCGAGCCGGCGAUCCCCUUGAAGGACUGGCUCCGGGAUCGCGCGACGUCGGCUUCUACUGCGACAUCAAAUAGGACGACCACGGCAACAAAUUCGAAGAAGCGGCAGCACCAGGCGGCAUUUUUGAAACCGUAUG